AGAGAAGUGGUGAAGAUGUUGGGCAUAGAAGAUAUACUGUGCGAGCUGAAUAGAGAGGAGGAUAACGGCGAGCAGGGUUUGCCGCCUGGUUUUAGGUUUCAUCCCACCGACGAAGAGCUCAUCACCUUCUACCUCGCCUCCAAGGUCUUCCAUGGCACCUUCUCCGGCAUCCACAUCACAGAAGUCGACCUCAAUCGCUGCGAACCUUGGGAGCUCCCAGAUGUGGCAAAGAUGGGAGAGAGAGAAUGGUACUUCUUUAGCCUCCGAGACCGCAAGUAUCCGACCGGGUUGAGAACAAACCGGGCGACGGGAGCCGGGUACUGGAAAGCCACCGGAAAAGACAGGGAGGUUUACAGUGCCUCCAGCGGGGCACUUCUGGGCAUGAAAAAGACACUGGUUUUUUACCGAGGACGAGCCCCUCGCGGUGAGAAGACCAAAUGGGUCAUGCACGAAUAUCGCCUUGACGGUCAUUUUUCUUGCCGUCACACUUGCAAGGAGGAAUGGGUGAUAUGCAGAAUAUAUCAUAAGAUAGGGGAGAAGAGAAAUGCAAUAAUAAUGGCACAGGCUGCAGGAGGUGGAGGACAAAGCUACCCUACCUUAAAGACAUUGACAUCAUCGGCCAACGUAGCCUUACCUCCAUUUCCUGAAAUGCAGUCUCAGAAUCCGAUGCAGCAUCAUCAUCAUCACCACAAGUCCAUUGUAUUUCAUCAUCACCAAGAAAAUGACCUCAAAUCCUUAAACCACCACCACCCUCUACUUCCUCAAACCAACCACCUAGGCCUUCUCCCCAUAAAUGGUGUCCUUUCCUCGUCCUUUUCUGCCAUCACUUGUAAUAAAGCAGCAGCAACCACCUCAAAAGCCAACACAGACAAAUACAACAUGUUAGAUUGUAACAACACAAUCUUGUUACCCUCUUCUUCAUCAUCAUCCAUCCUAUUCAAAUCUCAAACUGGAGCUUCCAAAUCCAAUGCCAUUGCUGCUACUGCAAACUGCAAAAUUUCUCCCUGCCAUCUUUCUCACACCCUAAAAUACCAGAACAAUCCCAACCCACUCUUUUAUGGAAUGGGGAUUGGGAUGGAUGCAGCAUUAGAGACGAUGAUGCCAUCAGCUGCUCCUACUUUCGAUGACAUGUCUACUUCCUCUGAAGCUUUCACCAGGACCUGUUCUCAGAUGGUGGAUCCCCCUAUUCAACUCACUGCAGAUUCUUGGCCUAUGGAUCUCUAACUUUAUAUACCCACUUUCAUAUA